AUGGCCAGCACGCAUUUUCAUGGUGGUGACUCGAACAAUAGUUACGGUCGACAGGAUGCUCCGCGCGUGAAGGAAUUGUUCCCAUUACCUCUUACGAUGCAGCUGUUGUCGGGUCAAAUACCAGCGCCGUUGCAUCGUUGGCUCCCUGCUGGGCUGCAGCCGCUCGGUUGGUUCGUUGCUCGGUCCUACUGCCUGCUCGUCAUCUUCUCGUCGCUGCAUUUGGGGCUGCUAUUCAGCAAGUCAACUUUGGACGCCUUACCCACGGGGCAACUGGAGGACAUUACGGAUGCGCUGACCAUGGCUGUGAUUUAUUUCUUUACUGCCUAUGCCACCACCUAUUGGUUUGUGCGCUCCCAGCAGCUGCUUGUCUAUGUCCAGAACAUACAGAGCGAGUAUCGUCAUCAUUCCUUGGCGGGUGUAUCUUUUGUCAGUGCCUAUGGUGCCUAUCGCUGGGCACGCAACUUUUCUGUGAUCUGGGUGAGUGCUUGUCUGAGUGGUGUCACCUUCUGGGCCAUCACACCUUUGGUCGUGGGCUCGCACACAUUGCCUCUAAGUUGCUGGUAUCCCUUCGAUGCACUCGCUCCGGGCAACUAUGCGUCCAUCUAUGUGACUCAGCUAUAUGCUCAAAUCAUGGUUGGCUCUACUUUCUCGUCAAAUGGAGCCUUGUUUGUAUCAUUGUGUGUUCUCUUGUUGGCUCAGUAUGAUGUGCUUUACUGUAGUCUGAAAAAUUUGGAUGCGCAUGCCAGUUUGCUGGCUGGUGAAUCACUCAGUGGAUUACGUAAAUUGCAACUUGAGCUUCUGGCCAGUCCUGCAGCCAGCGAGCUGCAACAAUAUGUGUUUCUUGAGGAGCAUAUGACCAAUCUGGAAGUUUUUGCUUCCAUGCAACGGCUUGGGGUAGGGGAGCCAGCGAUAAACAUGAAGACAGGACUCCAUAUGGCCUUAGUCGAGUGCGUGCAACUCCAUCGUUUCAUUGUAGACAGCUGUGCCGAAUUGGAGCGUCUGUUCAAUCCAUAUUGUUUGGUAAAAUCGCUGCAGAUAACAAUACAGCUGUGCCUGCUCGUCUUUGUGGGCGUAUCGGGCACUCGGGAUGUGCUGCGCAUUAUAAAUCAACUGCAGUACUUGGUGCUCACCCUUUUGGAGCUCUUCAUGUUCACCUUUUGUGGCGAAUUGUUGCGUCGGCAUAGCGUUCGAGCUGGCGAUGCCUUGUGGCGUUCCAAUUGGUGGCACCAUGCCCAUCUGAUAAAGACCGAUGUGCUCAUACUGCUGAUCAACAGUCGGCGGGCCGUGCAGGUGACUGCGGGAAAAUUCUAUGUCAUGGAUGUGAAUCGUUUGCGUUUAGUGGUCACGCAGGCUUUCUCGUUUCUAACGCUGCUGCAAAAGCUGGCUGCGAAAAAGACGCUCGAGACUUGA